UCUCGGUCCCUUCAAUUAUACAACGAAAUUAGAAAUUUAAAAAUUUCAAGAAAAUAGUAUUGUUUUGUUUUUGCACUCUCUGACAAUAUUUUAAUUUAUGUAUACAAGUAUAUAAUUGGAGGGAGUAGUCCAGGGACCAAAAAUAAAUGAAAACCUAAAAAUUUAAUGGUGCUAAAUAAAGCAACGGCGUACUAAAACAGUGUCAUCAUCAAUUCAUCAUUUAAAUCUCUCACCAUAAAAUUUUUAAACGAAAAAAAAAUAAUAACAAGAAAAACGAACAACUAAUCAACCCACACAAAAGAAAAAAAAAUAGUUGAUGAUACAAAACCAAAUAUUAUAAUAAGAAGAUAAUAUUUUUAGUAAUUUAUUUUUCUUAGUAAUUUUAAAAUACUAGUGUAAUUUAUUUAUAAUACUUCUCGGAAGAUAAUAAUGGUCAUAUACUAAUGUGCAACACAUAAUCUUGUCGAAGUAUAUAUAUAUAUUAAAAGCCACAUAAAAGCAUAACGAGACAAACAAAAAGGAACAGAAAAAAGUACUUGUAACCAUUUCACACAUUUAAAAUAAAAAAAAAAAACACAUACAUGUUCGAGAAGAAACAAAUAGAGUAUAAAUAUAUAAGUUGAGGUGUGAAAUCUUACAAAAAAAGGUUGCAAGUAUAAAAGAAAUAGAAGGCCUUAAAUUGGCUCAAAGAAUCUCCUUCAUCUAAAGCAACCUUUUCUCGAAGCAAUUCCCUAUACAAUCUUCCUUCCUACCUUAAUUGAUAACUCCCUCUAAAAUUCCCAGUUUUAUGUAAAUAAAACGAACCAUUAUAUAUUAUUGGAAUUAUAUCAUAAUUAAAGUGAAAGAUGAUGAUGAUGAUGAUGAUGAUGAGGAUGGCUGGUACAACAAGAGCAAGAGCAAGAGGUGUAACGCAUGCAGACUUGGCUCCUAAACCACAAGGUUUACAACUCUCCAGCAAAACUGGUGCUCUUCUUACCAUUCUUUGUAUCCUUUGUGGUCUCCUUUGCUUCAUUCUCUCCCUCUUCGCCGAAGCUACUCGUUCCGAGGUGACAUGGAUGUUAAUAAACAACAAUAAUAAUAGUGCAAAGAAAGGGCAUAAGGAAAAAGGGGAUUACGAGUGUAUGUAUAGUGGAAGUGGUAAAGUGCCUUUGAUAUGCGCAUCAGUUGCAUUUGUAGCAUUGGCUAUUGCAAUGCUUGUUCAGCAUUCAUUUUUGCUAAUUGCUAUUAGCAAAACUACUCCUCCGGUUUAUGUAAGCUGGGACCCUCAAUCUUCUAUUCCUAUGAGAUCUCUUACUUGGCAAGCUGGUUUCUUCUUCAUUUCUACUUGGUUGUGUUUUGCAGUUGGAGAAAUAAUGUUACUAAUAGGAUUAAGUGUAGAAUCAGGGCAUCUAAAAGAUUGGUCGACACCAAAAACAAGCUGCCUUAUAAUCCGAGAAGGUGUGUUCACAGCUGCAGGAGUUUUCUCCCUUUUAUCAGUCUUCUUAGCAGCUGGUUUAUACGCUACAGCGUUACGAGUCCAAUGGCUAGGCCAACAACAAGAGACUAUCCGGCGAGAGAUCUUGGAAGCCUCUUCCACUUAUGCAUCCCCGCCUCGAUCACCCCAACAUAGUCGAGUGGCUCGAGAUGCACCUACCGACGUUGCCAGACAAGAUCAUACGCCUACGUUGUCUCAACAACAACAACAUCAAUUGGUCCUAAAUAACAAGCAAGGUAGUUUAGUGUAAAGAUGCAAUAAUUGAAGAGUGUUUGAGAUUGUUAUACUUAAAGAGGAAAAUUGUUUAGGAAGUACAUAAUAUACCAAAUGUACAUUUAUCUUAAGAGUGUAAAUAUACAUUACAAGAAUUUUUCACACGUUGUUAUUAUACUUGAGGUUUA